AUGAAUGUCGAAAGGCUUCUUGGAGACGAAAUUCAAUAUGAAUUACGCAUAAGAAACUUACCGGUAUAUCGUACAGUCGCAGAAAAUCGAGCCACACUUCGAAGCGCUUUACGGUGUGAGAGACAAGGCCUCAUUGGUCUCACUCCGAGUGCUUCAGGACUCAGCGCACAAGAGGAAUAUGCCAUAUGCGCGAACAAACUUGGUGACUUGAGGGUAGAUAUCACUCGGUUUGAUAUCAGCAAUAAAGUUAAUGAGUAUAAACGUAUCAGUACGUAG